AACCUUUGUAUCCUCUCUUCCGUCAACAAUCCCUAUGACUUGUGACCCGCUAAAACUCCUCUACGAAGCUGGAAUACCUUCAACCCAUUACGUCUAUGGAGCAAUAACAAAAUUUGAAAGUUUCAGAAGUGGAAGAUGGGCAGAGAACGACGGAGUGGACGACAGAUUUUUACUGGUGCCGCCACUACGUUAUUAAUAGAUGGCUGCAAUGGAUCGUGUAAACUUAAUAUUCUGGCAUGAAGGGUUGUAUAUGAAGAAAAAGAUAAAUUGCUUUAUUUAAUUGAAUGGCUCCAGGCCAAUUACGAGGGCCAAAAAAAUUGGCAGAAGGGUCAACUUCUGGAUCCAACAUUUAUCAACUAAGUCAAACUUCCGUUUUAGGCAACAAUUUGAGUUUGUGAUAUCACGUACUUAUGAUGUCUUGGGCGGCAUUGCAGUUUGUUCUAUGAUGUUUAGAUGGAUCGUGCCAGACAUUCCGUAGAUGUGGAUAGUCUCCAACGCAACCGAAGGAAGGAGAUUGCGACAAGUCAUCCUAGUUUACGCAAAGGCAAAGGUAAAGGGCGGGCCGGAUCUUCUUCUCAAAGUCGAGAAGAUUUUGAUGACGGAUACCAAAGGCGAGAUGGGGAUGCGAUGUCCGACGAGCAACUACUACAACUAUUGGCGCAAAAUGAUGGUCACUUUUUCCAACAACAAAACAUCCCAGAGUCCAUUGAUGAAGAGGAGCUCGAGGAUGACGAUGCGGAGGAGGACGAGGGGGGCGACGGGACUCACGGCACCCCGGAUGAUGAGCAAGAGUUGGAGGACGAGGACGGUCCAUCCCAAGUUGGUAAGAAAUCUAAAUCUCCUAUUAUAGAAAAUAAUUUUACAAAGAGGAAAGACCCAAAAACCGAUAAAUGGUACGCAAGUUGCGAUCAUUGCAAGAAGGAGUAUAGCUUGGGAACUUUCGACGGAUACGGAAGACUCAAAAGGCAUCUUAAGUCCGCGCACUCUGUGGAAUAUGCGAAAAUAGACAAAGGGAAGGGGAAACAAACUCAAAAAUCGAGGUUUGUAAAUGACCAACCUUUUGGCAAUUUCUCAUACACUGAUGCACAAAAUUUGACUGGUACGGCUAACUUACUUGUUGAAGAAAAUUUGCCUUAUUUGUUUUCUGAAAGUCUUGCUUUUAAAGAUUAUGCACAAACUUGUUUAAAUCCUCAAUUUAGAAGUUAUAGUCGCAAAACAGUUAAGAAAGAAAUUAUAAUGCUUUAUCGUGCGGAAAAGGAUAGGUUACAAAAAAAAUUGCAAACUUUGAUGGCCGUGCUACUAUUUGUUCUGACAUUUGGGAUGAUACUUAUCAUAAUUUACAUUAUUUGGGCCUGACUGCACAUUUUAUUGAUAGUGAUUGGAAUUUGCGUAAACGUGUUCUUGCUUUUCGUGAAUUUAAUGAUCGUCACACCGCUGAACAUAUUUAUAUUUUGAUUGAACGUAUUUUAACUGAGUAUAAUUUGAUUGAUAAGGUGUUUGCUAUAGGUUUUGAUAAUGCUACUAAUAAUACUGCUGCUAUACCUAGAUUGCGUUAAUUAUGUGGUUCUAAUACUUUGAUGGGUAGAUUUUUUCAUCAACGAUGUGCAUGCCGUAUUAUAGAUUUAUGUGUGCAAGACGGUAUAAAAGCGUUAGGAGAUGCUAUGGAGGUAGUCAAGGGGGG